GCAAUGGCCAUCCUCUUCAUUGUGGCGUUAUUAUUUCUUGGGGCGAAUGCACGUCCCAAUGGUGGCUGGCAGCAAGGUGCGCCCAUGGGAAGACCCAUGCCAGGGCCAAGUGGAGGACGCUGGCCACCAGGAGGAGGAAGGUUUCCCUCUGGACCAGUGGGAGGAGGAAACUUUCCCCCUGGACCAAUGUGGCCAAUGCCUGGUCAGAUGGAACCAUGGCGUCAAUGGGACGUUCAGGGCGCUGUUGACUCCGACGAAGCGGAAUCUUUCGACGGGAAAGAUCCGUUCUCGUCUUGGAGGGUUGAUGGGCCGCUCGAAAACGGAGAGGGCUUCGGACCUGCGGGUUUCCCCCUACUGCGGUUUCCACGUCACGGAAGACCACAUGGUGACGACAGAAGACCACCUCCCAGACCCGGUCAGCCACACUUCCCUCCUCAUCUUCCUCCCCCUCGCCCAGGUGGUGGAAGACCCAACAUCACGUUCAUCCCACUGUUCCAGGCUAACAAUGUGACAGUGCAGAAUCUCAAUGUUUCUACAUUCCUGAAAGCGGGAGAGAACGUUUUCAUGCUACCACCAACUGGAGGAAGACCAAUGCCGUUUGGGUAUUACUUCAAGAUCUUCUAUAACCCCAAUGCUACGCAAACAGUUUCUUUCGAAUUCGGGGUUGCACGAAUUGUAAGUGAUUUCUCAAAUACAGUUAUAAUACAGAAAUAA